AGAUUUGCAUCUGGCAACACUAAACUAAAAAAACAGAAGAACAUUUAAUAAUAUUAAUAUUUCCUGUUUUAUAACUGAAAACCCCUCUGUUUUGUGGCCUCACCUGCAUAACCAUGUUCCUGUCGCGCCACCUGAGAUUGCUGCCGCGGGCGAGCAUUGCACGUAGCCUGGGUUCCAGCGGAGCACAUUACACAACCGCCGCCAGCAGCAAUGCGGCGCCGGCGGAGGAGGAUUCCCCGUUUGAGAUUCCCAAUAGGAUCGAGCGCACGCCCACGGACAUACUGCAGGCCCUGGCCGGUACCGUGGGCAGGGACCACACGGCGCCGCACUACAAGUUCCAUGACGACCCGUUCCUGAUACCCAUGUCCAAUGCGGCGAAGCGCACGUAUGCCAUGUCCAAGGAGUCCGGUCGCAAGGCGGCCAAGUGGAUCAAGGAGGAGCACCGCGAACUCUUUUUGCAUCAAGAGGCACAGCCGGCAGUGGAGAAGUUCGCCCCCAGCAUGGUCUACACCGAGAAUUCCGAGGUGGACGAGAGCUCUCUCCAGCAGCUCAUCGCCCAGAGUGAGGUCAAGGAUGCCGUGCUGGUGUACAACCUCCUGGAGCAAAAGGGAAGUCCCAUCAGCGCGGAUCUAAAGCAGAGCCUUCUGGAGCUGGUGUGCUUCCACAACAACCAGGAGCCGCUGCCGGAGGAGUACAUCGAGGAGCGUUGGUUCAUCCAGAACAAUAGGAGACGUGACCGGCACGGCAAGACCUGGAAGGAUGGGGACCUGGCCGAAAAGCUUUAUGCCGAAAUCGAGCCCAAGACCCCGCAGGCCUACGCCUCGCUUAUUCGCGGCAUGGCCAAGUAUCUGCAGUGUGAGCGUGCUUAUGCAUUGCUCCAGGAGGCGGGUGAAAAGCAAAUCCAGCUGGACACAAACACCUUCAAUUCCAUCAUUGAAAUCGUGAGCUACCUGAAGGACACGGCGGAGCAGCGUUGGCAACUCUGCACGGAGCUGCUGCAGGAAAUGUCACAGCAGAAGCUGAGACCCAAUCUGGGCACCCUGAACGCCGUGCUGCAGUGCAUCAGCACCUUUGGCAACUUUAAGCUGGCCCGCAGCUCCGCCUUGCAGGUGCUGCCGGAGUUCAAGCAGCUGGGCGUGAAUCCCAGCCUGGGCACCUACUACUACCUGCUGAUCAUCUUCUGCCGGGAAAGGGGUCCCGUCUCCCACGUCAUUGUGGACAUUCUAAACGACAUUGCCGGCAAAGAGUUCCAGAUUGAGCACCCCAAGGACACGUACUUCUUUGCCACCGCCAUGGAUGUGUGCCGCAAUCAUUUGAACGACAAGUCGCUGGCCAAGAAGGUGGACGAGCUGCUGCACACCGGCAAGAACUACGACCUGGUCGGUGACUCCUUCAAGGAGUCGGUCUACUACCGCAACUACCUGGCGCUGCUUUGCCAGACUGAAUCGAUCGAGGACUUUAUGCUCACCUACGACCUGCUGGUGCCCAACAUCUACAUACCCGAGCCCGGCAUCAUGGAGGAGAUCCUGCGUGCCAUCGAGAUCAACAACGCCGUCGAGCACGUGCCUCGCAUCUGGUCGGACAUGGUGGUGUUUGACCACACACACCGCGAGAGCCUCCUGCUGUCCGUCCUCCGCAUCAUGGUGGACAACAAGCCGAAUGCCGAGUUACCCGCCCAGCAGCAGCUGCCGGAACAGUGCGCCAAGGUGGCUCUGGACAUGUACGAACGAGUGGAGGAGGCGAUGAAGAGGCUCCGCAAGGUCUCCUUCACCGGCCAAAUGCUGGGAAACAUCCUUACGCUGCUCGUUCGUGGUGGUAACUUCGAGAAGGCCAGCGAGGUGUUUGCCCACAUCGACAAGAACCAGCACAGGAUACCCGGCACCCCUGCCGAAAGUGCGCUCCACGAGUAUGUGGAGGCUAGCGUGCAGGAGAAGUCACCCAGCCAGGCGCUGGCCGCUUUGCAAUAUGCCGUGGAGAACAACAUGGAAUCCAGUGCCUUGGCCAAGCUCAUCCAUGAGGGAUUCACGCUGAACGAAACGCAUUUGGCCAAGCUGAAAACGUUGGUGGGCGAAAGUUUUCUCGAUAAGUAGGAGAGUCUUGUUUUACUAGAGUAUGUUUUGUAAACACGAAAAUUGUUAAAUAAACUAUAAAAAUUA